UCAAUGCUUCAUCCACAAACCAGGAGAAAUGAGUACGAGACCAGGCAAAGAUCCGAGAAGACGAUCCCGCUCCAUUUCUAACUCUCCUCCUCGGAAUCCACCCAUCAUUGAUUCCGGCUCCAGUGCCACCCAAUCAGGGUCGCGUAAAAACAGACUAACCCCAUCAGCUUCUCUCACAGAGUGGGAGCUGGUGACACAAGAAGAGAGUAGCAGCGCCAGUUUAUUUAGUGAACCACGGAUUUCGAAAGAUUACUCAGUUUUGAGCUCAAACCCUAGGAGCUUUCCGUACAGUGUGAAGCAACAAUGCUGGGAAAAAGCAGAGAAAGUCAGGGGGCGCGACCCAGAUAGGUGGCGCAGGGACGCGCUUGGCAACAUUGUGUUCCGGAAGCUUGUCGGCUGUCCCGGCUGCUUAUGCCAUGAUUAUGAUCACAUUGUUCCUUUCUCCAAGGGAGGAAAAAGCACACCGGAAAACUGCCAGGUUUUGCAGGCAACAGUUAAUCGAUCAAAGGGGAAUAGGACUGAAAUAUCUAGAGCUGACCUCAUUCAAAAAAGUUCCUACUGUCGGGUUUCAGGUCGUGACAUGGAUCUUCUUGAAGUGUCAGCCUAUGGGAAUGUGCGCCGUGCACCAGACAGUGGUGGAUGUAGAAUUCAAUGACCAAUAACUGGUUGCAGAACAGAGAGUACUAACUACCACAGUUUGAGCCCUGUUUGGAGCCCUUGAGGCCACUGGAGAAGAAAAAAAGGUAUUAUGUAGUGUUGCAUGCUAACUAAUUAUCAUUCUUCAUAUUUCCAAUCAAACUGCAAAUAAGUUACAUGUUGGAUCUUUUAAUGUUUAACUUCAAUACUCCCGGGCUAGAUUCUGAAUCUUUUGUGCAGGAAAGUUAAUUGAUCAAGUCAUAGCAAUGCUUGCAUACUUACAUUCUAAUAUAAAUCCAUUACACUGUUAGUACUGAAAGAAACUCCGCCUAUAAAAUUGCUUUUUCUGUAGCA